AUGGGCGCAUCGUUAUCGAAUUUGACCGAAAACGGGCCGAGCAACGGCGGGCCGGGCCUAGGCGACAUACCGGAGAGCUGCGUGGCCUGCGUGUUCCUCUACCUCUCUCCGCCGGAGAUAUGCAACCUGGCCCGACUCAACCGCGCCUUCCGCGGGGCCGCCUCGUCGGACGCCGUCUGGGAGACAAAGCUUCCGCCCAAUUACCUUCAACUCCUCGACCUCCUGGCCCGCCCCGACGUCCACCAGAGCCUCCGGAAAAAGGACAUAUUUGCCAUCCUAUCUCGACCCCUCCCCUUCGAUGACGGCAACAAGGUGGUGUGGGUGGACAAGUUUACAGGGAGAGUUUGCAUGUCAGUAUCAGCUAAAGCAAUGGCAAUCACGGGCAUUGAGGACAGGAGAUAUUGGAAUUGGGUCCCCACAGAAGAAUCUAGAUUUAGUGUUGUGGCCUAUUUGCAACAAAUAUGGUGGUUUGAAGUUGAUGGCACUGUAAAAUUUCCCUUGCCGCCCGAUUUGUAUACACUGUCAUUUAGGAUUCACCUAGGUAGAUUUUCCAGGAGGCUCGGGCGCCGUGUGUCCAGUUUCAAACAUACUCAUGGAUGGGACAUCAAACCCGUGCGGUUCGAAUUCUCUACUUCAGAUGGCCAACAAGCAUCGAGCGAGUGCCUUUUAGACGAGCCACAGCAAGAUGACGGUGACAGUAGUAGUAAUAAUAGUAACAGUAAUAGUUAUUAUACGAGUCACAAGCGUGGCUGCUGGAUAGAUUAUAAGGUGGGUGAAUUUACCGUGAGGCAAUCGGAUUGUGAAACCGAGGUGAGAUUCUCCAUGAAACAAAUCGACUGCACUCAUUCGAAAGGUGGGCUAUGUGUUGAUUCUGUUUCGAUAAUUCCAGUCGAGCUGAAAGGGCGUAGGGGGAGAGGGGUUUUGAAGUGA